AUCUCCUAAAAAAUUGUAAUCUCAUGAUGACCCCGCAAAUUCUUUUAAGCCAUCCAAAGAGAAGCGAAAAAAUACCCAAAAAUUCUAAAUAAUCAUUGGUCUUAUUUUGCCUUUGACGAGGAAAAAAGACUAUUUUUUUUGUUUUCAUUUUAUUAAUUUCAAGGAGUGGUAUCUGAGGUAGUAAACAUACUUAGCCAGCCAAUUACCCCUAAUAUCAUACAACCUCAAACAUACAUUACCCAUAACGCAAUAUAGUAUAAUUUUUUCACUUAGAUUAUUGUACAAAAGAGUUUGGAGGAUAAAAGAGAAAGGAAAAAAUACAACAGGAAGAAGAAAGAAAGAAGAUGUCGUUCACUGGAACUCUUGAUAAGUGCAAAGCCUGUGACAAAACUGUUUAUGUUGUUGAUCUCUUGUCCCUUGAAGGAGUGCCAUAUCACAAAUCCUGCUUCAAAUGCAGCCAUUGCAAAGGCACAUUGCAGAUGAGCAAUUACUCCUCUAUGGAUGGAGUGUUGUUCUGCAAGACUCAUUUUGAGCAACUUUUCAAGGAGUCUGGAAAUUUCAGCAAGAAUUUUCAAAGUGCUAGCAAAUCUGAGAAGCAGAGUGACCUGUUAAGGACGCCCAGCAAACUGUCUUCUAUGUUCUCUGGAACUUUGGACAAAUGCUCGGCCUGUACCAAAACUGUUUACCCACUUGAGAAGGUGACAAUGGAAGCUGAGUGUUACCACAAGACAUGUUUUAGGUGUGCCAUAGGAGGUUGCCACUUGACACACUCAUCAUAUGCUGCCCUUGAUGGUGUCCUCUAUUGCAAGCACCAUUUUGCUCAGCUGUUCCUAGAGAAGGGAAACUACAACCAUAUCCUUCAAGCUGCUUCUCACAAGAGAUCUGCCUCUACUCCCCCACCGGAGGCUGUUGAGGGCGAAGCGGAGGAGGCCACCACCGGAGAUGGAACAACUAAGCAAGAAGGAGAAGACAAUGAUGGCAAAUGAGGAACAAACCAUUAGAUUUUAUACUAUACCCGGCCACCCACCCACACAUAAAUAUAUUUAUAGUACCACAUUAAAAUACAAAAACGUAAUAUGGACAAAUCACUUAUAUACACUCAUAGUUCCUAAACUCUAUACUCAGAUCUUAUGAAGCGUGCUUUGAGGUUCCACUCUUUAUAUUACCGGUUGUUGGCUUCAUUCAUCAUCACCUUGACCAACAAUCCACUCACCCAUCACAUUCUUUUGCUAUUUUUCUACUUUUUAAUUUUUUCAUUGUUAAUUUUUUUAUGGUUUGGGUUGCUUUCCCAAUUUCCACAAUUCAAAUGUCCUUCACAAUUUUGUGCAAUGUACCAAAAUCUUAUGUUGCCUAUGCUCAUAUAUUUUCCUUUUUCGGUUAUGGAAAAGGUUGUCAAGCAUAUGUGCUGGAUGUGAAUACUAUUUUUACUUGUGUUGGUUUGGCAAUGAUUGCUAGUAUAUUAGCAAAAGGGAACAAUAUGGUUUCUUAUUUCACUUGUUUCACAAACUAGAUUCAAGAUCGAAUUCUACAUAAAAAUUCCAUUUAUAACAAAUUUAUUAUGGAAGU